GUCCCUCCACUUCCUGUUGUCUCCAGCCGAGGUGAAGAUACUAAUGGAACAACGAGGCGCACCUGGCCUCAGAGCUUAAAAGCCCGGUGCUGGCUUCAUGAAGAGAGGCGUUUGGAGUUGGGUCUGCUGUGCCUCUCAGUCAGGGAUUAUAUGUGGCUGUUGGCAGCCGUGGCGACGCACAUGAACAGUGAGCUGAACGGCCUGCAGCCUCCUGUGUGUCUCACCCACAACAUCAUCGGUUCACCGCCCGCCGCCUUCGACCUGAUCCUGCUGGGCGACAUGUUCUACGACCAGUCCCUCGCCACCAGCCUGCACAGCUGGUUGAACCGCUGCAUGGAGACCCACGGCACCAAAGUCCUGAUCGGAGAUCCAGGAAGAGCUCAGUUUGAGGAGCACGCCAUCCGACGCCUCCUGAGGCCGCUGGCUCAGUUUGAGCUGCCCGACAGUGUGAGAGAGGAGAACUACGGCCUGAGCUGCAGCGGCGUCUGGAGCUACACACCUGAACUCUGAACACCUGAGAGAAUUAUUCUUCAAGAAAACAUGGACUGUGUGAGGUUGAGAGGACUCUGUUUUAUUUUAAAGUCACACAAACAGGGAAGGUUGGUACAUUUCCCAAUCUGAAUGAUCACUUCUUUUAGAUAUUUUAAUGAUCAGCUGUAUCAAAACAACUCCCUCUCUUCUGUCUGUGUUCAGGAGAGGAAGCAUGGCGCCGUGCUGCUGCUGCUCCGGUAGCCUGGUUAGCAGGGCGGGGCGAUAUGACCUCAAAUCAAUAUCACGCUUAAAGGCAGGGUUGGUCAUUUUCUAAAACUAGCCUGAUGUUGAAAGUAGCAUUCCCUCAGUGCUGCGUCUGCAGUCAGGAGCAGUCCUCCUCAAAUGAUUUCCAUGUUUUCAGGAGUGCAGAUGUAAAAACGGCUGUGAUGUCUGGUUUCAGUUUGACAACUACACACACUCACAAUGUGUGUUUCAUAUUUCAUUUUUCAUUUAUCCUUUAUUAAUCACUCUGUUUAAACAUGAACACACACAUGAACAAACAGGAUCCUGUGGACAUGCAUUAAUGGAGAGGUCUCAGAGUGAGGGGGCGGCCCACAGCGAGCGCUCCAGAGCAGUUUUGGGGUUCAGUGCCUUGCUCAAGGGCAGUGCUCAGGAAGUGGACUGGCACCUCUCCAGCUACCAGGCCAGGGACUUGAACCGGCGACCCUCUACCGCAACUGCCGCCCCCAUUUCAAUCAAAGACAAACACAGUUCUAUGUGAGAUGGAUAUACUUGUAUCUUCAAACACACACACACUCUUUCUUCACACACAG